CCUAUUAUUCACUUUGUACAAAUAAUAACAUACAAAACCCACACUUGAGAGCAUUUCCCAAAACCCUAAUACGACUUCAUCUCCCAAAUCGAUUCUCUGUUUCAACUGGUUCCAAAUAUAAAAAUAUCAAACAUGGGGAGUAGAUUGGGAAGAAGAGUGGUCAACUUUGCUAAUAUUCCAAUUAAGCUUCUCAUGCCCACUUCUUUCUCCAACAUUACCGAAAUCGCCCUCAAAACGAUCCCGUCUGCUUCCAAGAUUGAAAUCAAGAGGGUUUUGGAAUCACUAUACGGGUUUGAAGUGGACGAGGUUAGAACCCUCAACAUGGACGGAAAGAAGAAGAAAAGAGGCGGGCUUUUGAUUGCGAGACCAGAUUACAAGAAAGCAUACGUUACGUUAAGGAACCCGCUUUCAAUCUCACCGGAUUUGUACCCGAUUCGCGUGAUUGAAGAGGAGCGCAAGAACAUGAGCAAACAAAGCAAACAGUCCAAGUCCACCAUUGUUGAAGGCGACGAAACCAAGAAAACUCAUUGGCUUGAAGGAAGCGGUGUUAAGAGGCAGACCGGUUACAAUGGCAAGGUUUGGCACGCACCGACAGACCGCCAGAGAAGUGAUCGCGGUAGCAACACUGCUUCUACAUCCAAGUUUCCUUGGACUAGUAUGCGAUCAUCAGGUCGGUAGAACGUCAUCAUUAGACAGCUGUUUUUUGUUUGUUUGUUUGUUUGGUUCGUGUUUUUCUGUGCGGAUUUUAUUAUAUAAACCAGAUCACUUUUUAUCAUUUUAAUAAGUUAUGGUCUUAUGGGAUGCUGCUCUUACCUCAUCAUGGACACUGAAGCUUUCUGAUUUUGUGUAAUUCUGAAUGAUGUCCAAUGGAUCAACUUAGUUGAAUUCAAUCACUUGAAUCAGUUUUAGUAUUC